AUGAACGAGGCGAAAGGCCAAUUGCCCUCAAUUCCUGAAAAUUGCUUCAUCGCAUGUCCUAUCCGGAUGGCCCUUCUACAACAGCCGCUUGGGAUGCUUUAUCCAGAAGAAACUAUGCUGCAGAUUCAUCGGAAUGGUUUCGUCGGUUGGGGCUUUCAACGACCAGGACACUUUCACGAUCCUGGCUUUAUCCAUUGCGAGCCGAUCCCUAUCAUUUGCUGGCCGGAAAAUAUGCCAAAUUCGUAUCCUUUCAGCCUAUUAGAGCCAUCCUCCAAGCCUCAUACCUUUGAGGCAAAGGUGGCUCCUACCUGCAGUUCCUGUUCUAUGUGGCUUGGCAGCAAUGAAGUGCUUGCAACGAGCCCAGUUUCUCUUGGGCCUACGAACGCCGCGCCUCUUCAUUCCUCCCAAGUACCUCCGGACUGGAGCUCCCAGAAAUUGCCACAAAAAAUACACCAGCGGCAGUUUAGAUGUAGGUACCCGGGAUGUGAUAGUCAAUUCAGGCGCCGAAAAGCCCUCGAGCGACACCUGAUAUGCCACUCUGAUGAAAAGCCGUAUGUAUGCUGGGUGCCAGAAUGUCAUCGCAGCUUCAGACGCUCGGACAAUCUAAAGGCUCACUACCCAACUCAUGCCAAAAUGGGCGGUCGCAACCGCUAUGUGGCAACCUUGGACAAUACGAGUCCUGCCUACAGCCCUGAGUUUCGCGGCCAAUUGACAUUGGAGGGCUGGUCAGCUCUUGAAUAA